ACGACGCUAGAACGUGCAGUGCUUUUUGAAAGAAAUCAGUGGAAUGAGCCCAAUAUGUCGUAUUUAAGAUAAUAAAUCAAAGAAACGUUAUUUUUGGCAGUUACUUCAGCACGAGGGAGAUAUUUGGACAGCAUUUACACAGAGGAAGUUAAUUUGGGUUUUGUGUACUGAUGGCAGCCUCAUUACCUCAGAAGCCAGGGAUGGCGGGGAUGCCCCCUCAGCAACAGCCUCACCUGCCCCCCAGCGCUGGCUCAGCCCCAGGCCAGCAGCCCAUGCCCCCACAGGGUGCCCUGAGGGAGAUCUCCCCAGUGUUCCUCUGUCGGAUUGGACAGGAGACUGUCCAGGACAUUGUCACACGCACCAUGGAGAUCUUCCAGAUCACACGAGCUACACAGCUUCCUAAUGGCGUGACCCAGAGCCAGGCGAUGUACCAGGACCGCUUUGGGAAGCUGCAGGAACACCUGCGGCAGCUCGCCCUGCUGUUCAGGAAACUCCGGCUCCUGUAUGAACGCUGUGUGGAGAUGACCUCUGACCUGCAGGAGGGGCCAGCAGAGCUUCUGCCAUAUGUUGGUGAGGAGUUGGUUUCGGUAAAAGUGGAGCCAUGCGGUCCUGCUGUCAACCAGGAGAGAAAAGAGGUUCUAGAGAAAGUACGUCAGAAGAACCAGGAGAUGAAGGUUCUGAUGGAUCAGAUGAGGAACCUGCUGUGGGAUGUCAACGCCAUGCUGACGCUCAGGAAAUGAUCCACUAGAGCCACUCUCUUCUUCAGAGAUGCAUUCCUACACAGAUGGAAGGACUGCAUAAUGGCAAAGAGCAGGUGAAAUAAGGGAUAUUCGGGUGGUUUCUCCACUUAGGUACCCCUCCUAUGUGCUGGCAAUUCAUCAUGUAAACUCACAGUUCUCUCAAGAACUUCUAAUGAAAUGGGAUGAAAGCUUAAAAAAAGUAAUAAGCUUGUGUCAACCUGAUACACUCCAGCUCCAAGAAUCAUUCUCUUUUUGUACAAGGCAGCUAACAACCCAGUUUCUGUUUGCCAUGCGCUCUACAACUGUUAUUCUAUCACUCUGUUCAGAUAAGUUAUCGACUCCUGUUUUCAUACAGUUUAAUAAUGAGUUGAAACCUGUAAUGCCACAGUGAAAAACAAAACAAAAAGUUAUCUGAAAAAAAAACACCGUAUUCCCGGUGUUUUGCCCCCAGGUGCUGACUCGACACCAGACACUGUUGAAUUCAUUACAGGUAAUUUCUCCAGAAAGCACAGAAACUGAUCUUACGACUGUGUUUACAGCAGGAGCAGUUUCCCUUAUUACACUCUGUCAGUUGUAAAAACACUGUGGGUUCAGAAUUUAAAGUAGCCCCUUGGCAGCUAUGUAUCUCAGGUGCUUUGCACAUAUGUGUGUGUGUGCGUGCGUGUUUGUGUGUGGGCAUGCGCUUAAUGAGAUUAGCUUCCUGAGUGCUAGACAGCACACCUGUUUACCCUGAGGGUGCUGACACUCGCUUGCCUGUGAAUUUAUUUUUGUAAACUGUGGGACAAGAGGCAGGCCGACUGGGUCAUUUCUGUUUUUUGUAUUAAAUAAACAAUUUUU